UUUUUUCUUUUUCCUUUUCUUUUCUUUGUUUCAAAUUUGAUAAACAUAGAGAGAGAGAGAGAGAGAGAGAGAGAGAGAGAAGGGUAGAGUUCUAAUAUUUCUUUCUUUUUUUUUUUUUUUUAAAUCUCUAUGAUCAAGUUGGUUUUGUUCUUAAUAAGCUAUAAAAGAACAGUCUUCCAAUAGUUUUGUUAUAUGCUUUUGUUAGCUUUCUUGGUCUGGUCUAAGUCUUUGUUCCUUUUCAAAACCAGGUGGUGGUUUUACGUCUAUUAUUUACCUGUCAUUCUGUUUUUCUUUCUUUCUUUCUUUCUUCUUUAAUGCAUAUAUAUUCAAAUCUUGAGGUUUGGUGAGUUGGGUUUCGGUUCUUUUUUAGUAAUAAAAGUGUGAGUUGAGGGAUCAUUAUAUUUGUUUGAUGGAAAUGUAUUCUAUUUUUAACCUAUCUAUGCACGUUAGAGAGUGAAGAAGAUCUGGAGGUGGGUUUCAUUUCUAUAAUCAAUGUUUUGCAGGUAAUGGGAAUGGAAGAUUGGAAUGUUUAAAUUUUAGGUGAAAGGCAUCUGCUUUGUAAAUACUGUGAAAAGAUUAAAACUUUAGUGCAAAAAAUGGAUUGAAAUAGAGGUAGCAGCCCAUUUUGGCCGCAAUGUUAAAACCUGUAGCUUCUGGGCUGCUGAUGCUCUCUUUACUCCUGAUAUCAGUAUCUGCAAAUGACAAUGGCUUUUCGCGAUGUAAUUGUGAUGAUGAGGGCAGUUUAUGGAGCAUAGAGAGCAUUCUAGAUUGCCAAAAAGUGAGCGAUUUCUUGAUUGCUGUGGCAUAUUUUUCGAUCCCUAUUGAGCUGUUAUACUUUGUUAGCUGCUCAAAUGUCCCCUUCAAAUGGGUCCUCUUUGAGUUCAUUGCCUUCAUUGUCCUUUGUGGAUUGACCCAUUUGCUCAAUGGCUGGACCUAUGGUCCUCAUCAAUUUCAACUCAUGCUUGCUCUCACGGUCUUCAAGAUCUUAACUGCUCUGGUUUCAUGUGCCACUGCUAUUACUCUCUUCACUCUCAUUCCUUUGCUUCUUAAAGUGAAGGUAAGGGAAUUUAUGUUGAAGAAAAAGGCAUGGGAUCUUGGCCGUGAGGUUGGGAUUAUAAUGAAGCAGAAAGAAGCUGGAUUGCAUGUUCGAAUGCUUACUCAAGAGAUUAGGAAAUCACUUGAUAGGCAUACAAUUCUAUAUACGACUCUCGUUGAGCUAUCUAAGACAUUGGGCUUGCAGAAUUGUGCAGUGUGGAUGCCGAAUGAGAUUAGAACGGAGAUGCAUUUAACCCAUGAAUUAAAUGGGGGAAAUUAUUCAAGCAUGGAUAAUUGUUCAAUACCAAUUACUGAUCCUGAUGUUGUUAGGAUUAAAGGGAGUGAUGGAGUGAGCAUACUUAGCCCUGAUUCAGCACUUGCUGCUGGGAGCAGUGGAGACUCUGGUUCGCCAGGACCUGUUGCUGCAAUUCGGAUGCCAAUGCUUCGCGUUUGCAAUUUUAAAGGGGGAACUCCUGAGAUAAUUCAGGCUUGUUAUGCGGUAUUGGUACUCGUUCUUCCAGGAGGUGAGCCUAGAUCCUGGACCAACCAGGAAUUAGGGAUAAUAAAAGUGGUAGCUGAUCAGGUGGCUGUGGCUCUUUCCCAUGCUGCAGUCCUAGAAGAGUCUCAACUUAUGAGGGAGAAGUUGGAGGAACAAAACCGGGCAUUGCAACAAGCAAAAAUGAACGCAAUGAUGGCAAGUCAGGCUAGGACAGCGUUUCAGAAGGUAAUGAGUGAUGGGAUGAAGAGACCCAUGCACUCUAUUUUAGGUUUGAUUUCAAUGAUGCAGGAUGGGAAUUUAAAUACUGAGCAACGGAUUCUUGUCGAUGCAAUGAUGAAGACUAGCAAUGUGCUAUCGACAUUAAUAAAUGAUGUAAUGGAAAUUUCAACAAAAGAUAGUGGAAGGUUUCCUUUGGAGGUGAGAUCAUUCCAUUUACAUGCCACAAUUAAAGAAGCAGCGUGUCUUGCCAGGUGUUUAUGUGUUUAUAGGGGAUUUGGUUUUUCAAUUGAGGUCGACAAGUGCUUGCCUGAUAAUGUAAUGGGUGAUGAGAGGAGGGUGUUUCAAGUGAUUUUGCAUAUGGUUGGCAACCUGUUGGAUGGCAAUGACAAAAGAGGGUCUGUUGUACUUCGGGUUCUUGUGGAGAAUGGAAGCCAGGAAAGGAAUGAUCAUAAAUGGGCAGCCUGGAGACAUAACACUCCUGAUGGUGAUGUUUAUAUCAGAUUUGAAAUCAUAGUGCAGAAUGAUUGUUCUGAUUCAGAGGGCUCAAGAACUGCUAUGCAGGUGGGUGGUAGGAGGUAUACCAGUGACGGAGUUGACGAGGGCUUGAGCUUCAGUGUUUGCAAAAAGCUGGUCCAGUUAAUGCAUGGGAAGAUCUGGGUGGUCCCCAACUCUCAAGGUAUUCCUCAAAGCAUGGGGUUAGUCCUUCGGUUUCAACUCAGGCCAUCUAUUUCCAUAGCCAUCUCUGAAUCUGGAGAAUCUUCAGAUCAUCCACAUUCCAACUCUCUUCUUAGAGGCCUGCAAGUUCUGUUAGCCGAUGCAGAUGAUGUGAAUAGAGCUGUAACCCGGAAACUGCUUGAGAAGCUAGGUUGCUGUGUUGUUACUGUUUCAUCUGGCUUUGAAUGUCUUAGUGCUGUUGGCCCGGCUACAUCCUUCCAAAUUGUUCUUUUAGAUCUUCAAAUGCCCGAGUUGGAUGGAUUUGAAGUUGCAUCAAGAAUUAGGAAGUUCCGAAGCCGAAGUUGGCCAUUGAUUGUUGCCCUGACAGCAUGUGCUGAUGAAGAUGUGUGGGAAAGAUGUGUGCAGAUUGGAAUGAAUGGCGUCAUUCAGAAACCAAUCUUGUUGCAAGGAAUUGCCAAUGAGCUUCGAAGAGUCCUCGUGCAGGCAAACAAGGUCAUCUGAUGACGUUCUGUAAGUUGCACAAUUGGCCUUGAUUUCUCCCAAAGUGGUUCCUGGGUCUUGGUAGAAUAACACACCAGCGCAAAUGACCCUGAAAACUCCCACCAAGCUUCUAGCAUAGAAAUGUUUACAUAUACAACCUUUACAGUCACAAUGGUAUACAAAAAGUAGCUUCUUUCAUUUUCAAAAAUUUGUUCAAAAUCCCCUCCUCUAUAAUUGUCCACAAAGUUGCAUAUCUAGCUUAUAUCAAAUAUUCUAAUUGUCUUUAACAAUACUUGAGGGAACAAACCAUGUUUCUGAUACGAAUGUCCCAGAGGAACACAGAUAGACAUCCUGUAGAAUUAGAGAACAAUGAUGUAGAGAUUAAAAACCUUGCCAUUUCAAAAUUUUGCUUCCCUAUGCGUGAUUAUUGUUUUAGUUUCUACUGCUUCUUUCACUGAUACAAGCUCUUAUUAGGAAAUGCCGAAAUCAUAUAGAAAGUGGUUUUUAGCUUGGAUUAGUGUGUUAGGAAAUUGCAAGUUGUUUCGGUCUGCUGUAAUGUAAUACCACAAGCACGGGGAAGAUGCAGGAAAACUCUCUUUAUAAUUAUACUCUUUGAUUUUAUUA